CCCCCCCGCCACCUCCGCCGCCCAGCGCGCAGCCGCACUGGUUCAAAACGCUUCGCUGCUCACGUCGGAGAAGCUGCUUCCGUUUCCAACGCCGCAUUCCGGCCACACCUGCCUGUGCCGGAGUCCCGGCUCGCUCCGCCGCCCUGCCCACCCGAGAAGGACCCCGCGCUCCGCCGCCCCAGCGAGCCAUGUCCGCCGAGGAUUACGCAUCUGUGAAUGUUGAGGACGAUGUUGAAGCAGUGAUUAUUGACCAUGGAGAAAAUGGACUGUCCACACAAAGCUGCGUGUCAGUGGAACAGAACUCUGAAGUAAACAGUGUUGUUCACCAUGUGGCUCAACUUGCCUAUGGAAAUGAAGGUUUAUCAGUGCUAGCUGAAGGAGUGGCAUCACAAAUGAGCCAUUCUGCAAGUAUGCAGAGAGGAAAUGGUCACAGCCCUGAAAAAAUGGACUUCAUGUGUUCGCAUAAUAAAAGAAAACGACUUGCCCCUACUCUAGUGGGACACAAUGUGAUGAGAACCAGGGAACGAGCAUAUGAAGAUAGUGACAGUGUCAUUUAUGAAUAUGAACCAGACUAUGAAUGUGGGAGUAUUGUAUCUGAAGCUUCCUACAUUGGAGAUCAGCAGAAAACUCUUAUGGAGGUCCUCAGUUAUUGCCAGGCCAUGUAUGAUGCCAUUCAGAAAUUGGAUAAAAAAUUUGAUCUGCUUCAUCGGAAGGUCUCAGAAAUGCAACACAGUCGUGUAAAGCCACUGUUGCUCAAACCUAAACCAGUUGGAUUUACAUACAGAAGUUCCAGUCAUUUGCCCCAAGGGAAAACAAGAGUACAAAAAUCCAUGGAAAGGGAAUCGGGUCUUCAUCUCUCUUCACCGGGUCAGGGAAGACAUAGCCCAGUCAUAAGGGUUGCUUUACAAAAUGGUCAUGUUCAGGUCAAUUCCACAAUAAAACAUGUUCAACAGAGUCUUCAGCUUGAAUCGCAGCAGCCUGUUCAUAGGCAGAGCCCACCACUCCCCACUAUAGUUUCUACACAUUCAUUGCAUUCAUCAUACACAGCAACUAAAAGGAUGCCUGACCUUUCUCCACGAUCAAAUCUUGUAGCCAGCGUUAUGGAAAGUACUGUCAACAUUGCAUCUUCACCAGUGGCGUUGUCAUCGAUGCCAGCACCAUCUGAGACCAGUCUGGGAAAUAAUACUGUGGUGGUGAACUACAGAAAUGCAUCUGGGAGUGUGAACAUUAGUAAAGAACUACCAUCUUCUUCAGUCUCCAUCAAUCCUAGCAUUGAGUUUGUUGGUGACCCAGUGAGAAAUGUAAAAGUUCUUGGAAACUAUUUGAUGAAAGCUCGGCAAAAGACUAAACCAAAGUAUGCAGCGCGCUACUUAGUUCGUGUCUUGUUCCCCAAGGAAACGUUAUUGUGCAGCAUUAUGGGAGUGAGUGCACGAGGGCGCAGAACAUUGGAUCCAAACAAAAUUGCUGCAAUAAGAGAAUUUCUUGCAACUAACUUUCCAAACUAUGAUUUGAGCGAGCAUGGAAAAGACUGGAAAACCUGUAUCACAAAUGUCAAUGCUAUGAUCCGCUGUUUACGCUCUGAAACAAAAAUAAACCCAGAGACACCUGAAGGGAAAGAAAAAGUGGCUGACACUCCAGAUACAUCUCAUUGUGUAGAUUUGAAUUAUAAUGAAUUUAGUGAAAGCAGUUCUCAAAACUCUCAGAAGAUGACCAGCUCCACAACUGACACAUUGCAGAAUUCAGGAUUGGAUAAGUUUCCAGAAGCUUUCCACACACCUUCAGUCAAGAAACCACAGUCUUUGGAACCUAUGGAACUUCUUGGAAGUCCAUGGCGCAAUGUUCAGUUGCCUUUCUCAGUCAUUUACGUAGCUAAGGGGAAGUCUCGGCCAGAGUUGUCAGCUCGCUACUUAAUUCGUCAUAUGUUCACUGAAGAUGUGCUGGUAAAAAGUAAUGUAUAUGGUAAUCUUGAUCGUGGCAUGAGCCCACUGGACUGCAACAGAAUUAAUGCUCUCAGAGACUUUCUUCAAGAGAAUUAUCCAUCCUUUGAUCUAAAGGAAACUGGAUACGAUUGGAAGGCAUGCGUGGCUGCCAUAAACAGCACAAUCCGCAGUCUCAGACAUGACCAUAAAAAGGCUACAGUUGGAAUCCGCCGGAAAGUCUUGGCAGUGCCACCAUUGAAUGCAAAGAGUCCUCCACAGAGUCCCACUUCAGUAAAGCCAUUUGAAAGUGACACUAUCAAUCUCACGGACUGAAACUUUCUAACAUCUGUCUCAAAUCUUAAUUUAGCAGGUUUUUAUAAAUCCCAUGUAGAAGCCUAUUACAUUGAGUUGUCCUAUUAUACUGAGUUGUCAGCAGCACUAACUAGUAUUAUUUCAUGAGAUCAAAGUUAGCAGAAGAGUUGGGAACCCUAACUCCUUGUAUAAGUAGCACUUGUUCUCCUCAGAAAUUACUUCCACUGUUCCCUGUAGCAUUUGCAAUGUGCUCUCCCCUAAAAGCACCUUCUUCUCAUGAUUCAUUGACUCUGAAAGAUUGAUCUGAUUCGAAAAGAUGCACUGCACAUCAAGUCAGCUGAAGCAGAUAGAAAUGUGGAGAGGAAAGAAUGGUCCUCCUUGGAGGAAGACUCAGAGCCAGCUAAAUUAUCUCAUUAUGUGUGAAGAAUGAAAUUUGCUUUGACAAUUGGUUAUUGUAAGCAAAAGUAUCUAAUGCAGAAAGGAAAAAAAAAUUAUUGCAUCUAGCUGACUUGUUAUGUAUCUCUCACUUUUUUUGCCUCCUAUAGCAGUCUUUGUUGUAGGAUAAGGAAAGAGGCAGACAAACAAUGUAAGUACAGUUGGUACUAUUUUCUUUGCUCUGAUUUAGCUCUACAAAAGCACAAAAAACCAUGCAGAACAAACAGUCCAAUGGUUGGUUCUGGUUUUUCUUGAUGAAAAUUAAAGAAAAUACUUUUCAGGG